CUCUCUCUUCGAGCAGUUGUUAGAACUUCGUUGACUGAAUAUUAAUUACAUUAAUACCUCUCGUUCUUUCCUACUCCUAAAAAAACAUUUGAUCCCUGGACUGACAGAUUUCGUCAAAUUCAUCAGUUUUUUAUGCUUGUAUUUUAUCGAAUAUAUUUGUCUGAAUCUUGGGAAUGACCGGAAGAUCUCAUCUUCGCCGGCCAGCAAGGGGGUGCUAAUCUGACGGCAACCCACCUGGUAAUUUCCAAAAGGGUUUACGAAUCUGUGUUUUUUAGGUUGGAAAGAUUGAAUCUUGGUACUCAGUUUGGGUACUGGGCUUAAUGCAAAAGCUGAAGCUGGGUUUUCUGAGCUCAGUUUUGGCUUGAAAUGCUAUUUUGUAGCUGUUAAUACGCUUUCUUGUGUCGUUUUUUUGGCUUGUUGAGAUCCUUUUUUGAUGAUGAUGAUGAAGUUUUUAGUAUCAGCUUGGAAUUAGGGCUUUUUGAUUUUGAGCUUAGACAAGAAAGGGUUUUUGCUUAAAUCACUGAGGGUUUUCUGAAAUUGAAAUCCCUAAGUUCUUCAUAAAUUUGAUGCUUUAGAAUUUGCUUUGUGGGUGGAUUUGCAUGGAUUUUGAUGCGGGGUUAUUGAGAUCGGCGGCUGAUAGUGUUGUUUUCACUGAUAACGCAACGGCUUUUUUCGUAAAUUUGGGGAAAGCUUAGGAGAUUUGUUGUGAUAGUAGAAGUAACCAUGAAGAGAUUGAGGUCAAGUGAUGACCUUGACUCUUUUGGUGACAAGGCAGCGUGCAAGGACUGGGGAAGGAGGGAUGAGGAUUCUGGUUCAUCACAUAGGUCCUUGAUGCACAGGAGCUCUUAUUACAAGUCAGAUAGUGCAAGAAAGGGUAUAUCUUCUUCGUCUUCUAGGUAUGAUAGGGUAGAAGAUGAUCGUGAUAAUUUGAGACCAGUUAGAAAGCGAUCUGAUUAUGAUGUUGAUAGUUAUGAUAGGAGGAAGAGCUAUGAUAGAUACAGAGAAAAUAACAACUCUGAGAGAGGGGUUUUGAGCUCUUCUCCAAGGGGUGGAUAUGGUGCUGAGAGGGUUCAUCGGUCUGAAAGCUUUUCAGCGUUGAGAAGAGAAGUUCCAAAGGGGUUUAGAUCAGAGCGUGAUAGGUCUCGGCGCGAAGGAAGUGUUUCAUCAUGGCGCAGGUUUGGUGGAGCUAAAGAUGUUGAUGACGGGACCAGGGGUGGCGCUGAUUCUGUCAGAGUCGCUAGAGUGGACUCGGAUGAGGUUGGGAAGGUGAGGUCUCCUCAGAGAUUGAAGGAUGCAAAGUCACCACCUUGGUCAAAGGACUCUGGGAGUGAGCAGACUAAGAGUAUGGAAAUUAGAAAAAGUGAAGAUUUGCCUGUGGAAAGCAGUGGAAACAACAGCGAAAGGGAGGAAGGGGAGCUUGAACCUGAUCCUCGACCGGUACCUGUAUCCGAGCCGAUUGCUGAAGAUCAAGCUUCUGAUGGAUUGCAAUCUUCUCAGAAGGAGUUUGAGUGUCAGAACCAUGUGGAAGAUAAACACUUGAACGACAGGGCAACUUCAACAUCUGCAGAAAAUGUGGUGUCCAGUAAAAUGUCUGUCCAGGAUGAGCAAGUAGAAGGUAGAGUGUUGGAACAUGUUAGUGAUUCCACAAAGGAAGGUAAUGGGUUGCCUGAUUGUGAAAAUCUAGGCCGGUUGACAAAUAACUAUUGUGACAGAUAUAAAGGCCUUGCAGAUAAUGCGGGCACCAAGGAAGAUAAAUUUUCACACACAGUUGUUGUUUAUAAUGAAGAAGUUGGUGAAUCACAAACUGUGAAAGAAGAAGAAAGGGAAGCCAAGGGAAUAGAUCUUGAAGGUGAAACAGGUGGAAGUGAUCUUCCAGAAAAACAUACAGGGCUUUCAGAGGAUACUGGUGCUUGUUUGGCAGUUUCUUCACAUGUAGUGGAGGAAAUAAACGAGAACCACAAGGAUAAGGGAAAAACUGUCGCUCUCUCAGCUUCUAAUUGCACUCCUUCGACAGUAGAUGAGUUUGGGAAUGCAACUGAAUCAAGUGGCCCCAUGACUUACAGAGAUACUUAUGCAGAAGGACCAAGUAAAAGAAGCUUGGAUCUAUUCACUGCUGAUCCCGUUAAAAGACCUGAGAAAGAAGUAAAGUGGAGUAAUGACAAGCCCAAGGACGAGAAGCUUACUCUUGACCUCUCCCUUAGCCUACCGAAUGUGCUUUUGCCUAUUGGCUUUCAAAAUACAACACAGGCGCCUGGCUCUCCCAGUCAUGGAAGGAGCGUCCAAUCAUUUCAUAGCUCUUUUCGCACUGAUUCUGAUGGGUUUAAUGGAUCAAUGUCGUUCUCAGGUUCCCAACACUUCACCCACAACCCUAGCUGUUCCCUAACUCACAAUACAUUAGAUCAAGAGCAGUCCGUUAAAAGUCGACCCUUAUUUCAGGGAGUGGACUGGCAAGCUCUCGCCGCAGACGAGCCAAAGAGCAAAGCCCUUCCACCACUUGUUCAAAAACUGUUAGCAGAGGGAAAUGGCUUGCAUCAGCAGUAUGAAACUUCUCAAGGAAAUUCAAUUGCUCAAGCUUUGGCGCAGCGAACUAGAUCAGUUGAGGGAAAUUUUAGAGCACCAGGUGGACUGGAACGGCAAUUAAGUUUCAACAAACAGUAUCCUGGAGUACCCUCCCAGCAUCCUAAUGAUAAUAGAUCUCCUUCACAGAGCCUUGGUUCCCAUGAAACUGGGUCUGCAUAUCUUAAGGAUAAGAAACAAGCACUCAGAGAGAAGAAUGGUGGUAUUUUAAGCAAGAUCAGUAACCCAGAAGGAAGAGAGCAGCUAUGGAGUGUUGGAGCUGACUUUGUUGAGUCCAUAAUAACCAUGAUAGUUUCAGAGCCACUAAAUGUUGUGGCUCAGAGGUUCAAUGAAAUAUCUGCACAACAAAUGGCUUUUCUGAAGGAGUCCGUUGGUGAUAUAAUCAGGAAUCCUGGCAGGCAGUGGCAGCUAAGUGCCAUCCAGAAAGCACUAAAGAGCAGGUCUGACAUUACCUUGGAGAUGCUACUGAAGUCCCAUCGAACACACUUGGAGAUUUUGGUGGCUGUGAAGACUGGUUUACAGGAAUAUGUUCAAUAUAAUUGUGAUGUAUCAGCUUCUGAUUUGGCGGAGAUAUUUCUGAACAUGAGGUGUAGGAAUCCAACAUGCUUGAGUCCUUUGCCCGUUGAUGAAUGUGAUUGCAAAAUCUGUGCUAAGAAGAAUGGUUUUUGUCGGGAGUGCAUGUGCCUUGUGUGUUCAAAGUUUGACAUGGCUUCUAAUACUUGCAGCUGGGUGGGGUGUGAUGUAUGUCUACACUGGUGCCACGCAGAUUGUGGGUUGCGGGAGUCUUACAUUAGAAAUGGGCAUAGUGCCACUGGACCUGAGGGUACAACAGAGAUGCAGUUCCAUUGUGUUGCCUGUGAUCAUCCUUCUGAGAUGUUUGGCUUUGUGAAGGAGGUAUUUCAAAACUUUGCAAAGCAAUGGACUGCAGAAACUCUUUCGAGGGAAAUUGAACAUGUUCGGAGGAUCUUCUGCGCAAGUGAGGAUUUGAGAGGGCAACGAUUGCAUAAGAUUGCCUUGCAGAUGCUUUCUAAUUUGGAAAAUAAAGUUAAUCUUCAGGAAGUUCAAAAACAGAUUAUGGGUUUUCUAAAUGAUGCUGAUUCCUUGAAGCAUUCUAAAGCCCCUGUUAUAUCCAGAAAGGAAAUGACACUGACGAUUGAUGAAAAGACUAACGGUAUUGCUGGGCCCAGCAAAGAAGCUCAAUGGUUAAAUUCUGUUAGCUUAGAGGCGUCUCAGUCAGAUAAGCAGACGGGUUUUUUUCCAAGGUUGGAAGGUAAUAGAUAUGAUAAAGAUAUGCUGAAAUAUGAUUUGCAAGCAAGUACUCCAAAGGACCAUGUUUUUGAUGAGCUGGAGAGCAUCGUGAGAAUCAAACAAGCAGAGGCAAAAAUGUUUCAAGUACGUGCUGAUGAUGCAAGAAAAGAAGCUGAAGCAUUGAAGCGCAUUGCUGUCUCAAAGAAUGAGAGGAUUGAAGAAGAAUACAGGAGCCGAAUCGCGAAAUUACGCCUGGCUGAUGCUGAAGAGAUGCGCAAACAGAAACUGGAAGAGCUUCAGGCUCUUGAAAGAUCUUUGCAGGAUUACUUUCACAUGAAGAUGAGGAUGGAUUCAGAUAUUAAAGAUCUGCUCUUGAAGAUGGAAGCUACAAGACGGAACCUCACCUUGUAAUUCAUCAGUAAUGUGCUUCCCAUCCCACUAAAUCUCAUCAACACCAGGAUUAGAUACUGGUAUUGAUGCCAUUGUUAUAGGUCUAGUGGUCUACUACUCUCACUUCUUUUGCCGUUUGAUAGGUGUACUGUAGUGUAUUUUCUGCUGUAGCUAGUAGCUACUGCUAACCAGAAUCUGUAUAGAGAUUGCCCAUCUGGCCAUGCUAGUACGAACAUUCUCGGUUACAAUCGGUUAGUACGAACAUUCUCGGUUACAAUCGGUGUCCAAUUGAAGAAAUUAGAUAUGAAGUGAUAUGAUAUUCUAUGGCAUUCAACAUUGUUGUC